CACUGACUGGCACUGAUAUGUGGCACUGAUUGACAGCACUGAUAGGUGGCACUGAUUGGCAUUGAUAGGUGGCACUGACUGGCACUGAUGGGUGACACUGAAAGGCAGCUUAGAUGGGCACUGAUAUGUGGCAUUGAUGUGCACUGGCAGGCACUGAUAUGUGGCAUUGAUGUGGCACUGAUGGGCACUGACAGGUGGCACUGCUGGGGCUACACUGAUCAUCAGGGCACACUGAUCAUCACUGUGAUUGGUGAUUGGACACAGCUGAUCACAUGACCGAGCCGACAUCUUCGGCUCUUUCCAUGAUCGGUGAUCUGCUGUGUCCGAGGGACACAGUGCACCGCCGAUUGCGGCGCUGUGCGUUCCCUGAGCCGCACAUGCGCGUGAGAAUGAGU